GGGUGACGCGCCGCAAUUUUCUCCAUCCCAUCCCAUCCAAUGCUCCUCCCCCAUGCCCCCAGUCGCAGUUGAAGUCAUUCUUGGAAAUCGCAAAGUAUUGUUGCACUCCCAACGUCCACUGGGACUUCAGCACAUUUAACCCCUCUACCCAGUUUCUUCGUAAGAUAACCACUACAAGAAUCCACAACUACCGUCAUUGUGAACAGCUCGUCCCGAAUUUCACCAUCGACGUACCCCUCCAUUAAACAAUUUCAAACUACCAAGUCACAAUGCCACCGAAAAAGACCGACGGUACUCGGCGCAGCGACGUCUCUGUAGCACGCUUCGUCAUAGCCGACGAAGACACGACAAUGGCCACAGGCGAACCAGCUCUCUCUGCCAACCCAGCCUCCGCCCUCGCCGCGGCCGCCAUCGAGCGGGAUGAACGUCUUCCACCUAUACCCACAACCUCCGAGAAGCAGUCUACCCCAGCACCUUCGACAUCGGCGUCGGCGGCGGCCGCUGCCGGCCGCGCCUCGUCAACCACGGGAUCAGCAGCAGCAGGAGGAGGAGGACCAACAUCACCAUCAGAGUCUAAGCGGGGAGGAGGAGGAGGAGGGGCAUCAGAGAAGGAUAAGGAACGGGAAAGGGAAAGGGAAAGGGAAAAGGAGCGCGAUGCCAUCACAAUUGAAGAUCUCACGCUUCCGAAAUCGAUCAUCACCCGUCUUGCCAAGGGGGUGUUGCCUUCGAAUACGCAGAUACAGGCAAAUGCGAUUCUGGCUAUGACCAAGAGCGCGACAGUGUUUAUCAGCCAUCUGGCCAAUGCUGCAAACGAACAUACCGUCUCAUCAGGAAAGAAAACCAUCAUGCCAGCGGACGUGUUCAAGGCUCUAGACGAGAUUGAGUACGGGUUCAUGCGGGAGAAGUUGGAGGCCGAGUUUGCGAAAUUCAACGAAAUCCAAACUUCCAAACGAUCAGUCUACCGCAAAAAAGUAGCCGCAGCCAAAAAGGCCGGAGGUGGCGGUUCCGUUUCCGGUUCCGGUGUCGGUGGUCCUGGCAGCGCAGCCGGCGGCGGUGACGGCGGCGGCAACGAACCAGGAGGCGGCGAAUCACACGAGCGAGCUGUUGGCGACGGCGACGACGACAGCGGUAGCAAUCAGCAAAACCGAAACCAGUCCUCCGCCGCGUCCGGCGUAGCAACAGCGACGACGACAUCGACAACAGACAGAGAAGCUGGACCUAGGUCAGCCAAGAAGGCCAAGGUGGAUACGUCAUCAUCAAAGAUGGAAGUAGACGGAGAAGAACAAGACCAAGAUCCGUCGGAUGCGGAGACGGUUCCGGAUGAAGAGGUUGAGGAGGAUGAGGAAGAGGAAGAGGCGGAAGAGGACGAGGAUGAGGAGGAAGAUGAGGAGGACGAGGAUGGGCAACAAGGAGAAGGAGAGGAAGAGGAUGACGAGGAGAGGGCGGGACCGCCGGAUGAGGACGAGGCGCUUGAUGAUGAUAGUGAUUAGUCAUAAUCAGUUGGUCGGUCCUGGGAGACGAGUAGUGAGCUUGGGGAGGAAAAUUGGGGAUGGGGGAGCCCUGAUGAGGUUUUGCACUACGGCUAGAAAAGGAAAAGAAAAGGGAGAGCGGUGGGCUGGAGAGUAGAGGAAGAUACCCUGAGCCCCAUCAUCCGUAUACAGACGGAUGCUUACUAGAACGUCAUGGAGCUUAAAAAUGAAGAUGCCAUGAUACAAGGUGUUUGAUAUUCAU